AUGGAGGCCCUAGCAGCUGUUGAUAACUGGGAGCGCACUUUAUGCAACGCGAUCUCGCAAAGCUACGACCAGCUGCAGAGGGAACUUCGCUCCUUACUUUUGGCCAUUACGGACCAAUGUGCCGCUCUCCCCCCGGCGUCCUCUGAGGGCUGCCUAGGGUCAGAUAAGAACUUCCCUCACUGUGAGCUACCGGCAAAGUCUGAAUGCCCUCCCGCUCACUUCUUCAGGGCCCGUGAGGUUGCCGCGUCACAGUGCCCCACUUCUGGCCCCACGGACAUUGAGUCUGAGGUGACUGAUCUAUCCAACAUAAUGGCGACAAUGAUCGCUCCCAAAAAGAAUCCGGAUACGAACCGGGUCUGCGGGGGCCAAGAUAAGCUAGCAACCUACUUUUUUGAGCAUAACAGGUCUGGUCUGCUGGUCCUGAGGAACUUUCCUUUUGCUCUACAGCGUGAGGAUAAUUGUGACCCGAGAAAGCCUAACCGUGAAGUGGAUCACAGUGCUGCGGCAAGUCUGACCUCCCAGCUGAACAUUAUCCUUCCCUGUAUAAGGCUUGGUAAACAAGAUGAUGCUGACAGCAUUCAAGGUGAUGUUGCUGGAAAUGAAACCGGUGGCAGCAAUGACAACUUAUUCAUUGACCUGUCUGCUUCAAACAGCUCUCUUUCUGCGGCCAUGCAGAAGAAAAGGUCAAAACUGGUUUCCAAGAUUCAUGAAGGAGAUGCAAAAAUCCAAACGUACCAGAUUGCCAUAACAAUCACUGAAGCCCGCCAGCUGAUUGGUGAAAAUAUUGAUCCCAUUGUGAUUAUUGAGAUUGGGGAUGAAAAGAAACAAACAACUGUAAAAGAAGGAACAAAUGCUCCGUUCUACAAUGAGUAUUUCGUUUUUGAUUUUAUUGGACAUCAAGAACAGCUUUUUGACAAAAUUAUCAAGCUUUCAGUCAUGCACAACAAAUUGAUAGGAAGCGUUUUGAUUGGAUCUUUUAGACUUGAUUUGGGGACAGUUUAUAACGAGCCAGGUCAUCAGUUUUCUGACAAGUGGGCUGUGCUGACAGACCCUGCUGACAUCAGAACGGGAGUCAAAGGAUACUUAAAAUGUGAUAUCAGUGUGGCUGGGAAAGGUGACAGUGUGCAAUCUUCUCAGAAAAUAAGUGAUGCAGAAGAGCAAAUUGAAAAGAACUUGCUCAUACCAAAAGGAUUUCCAUCAGAAAGACCAUGGGCUAGGUUUUAUGUGAGAAUAUACAGAGCAGAAGGUCUGCCAAAGAUGAACUCCAGCAUCAUGGCAAAUGUGACCAAAGCUUUUAUUGGUGACAGUAAAGACCUAGUUGAUCCCUAUGUGGUGGUCAUGUUUGCAGGCCAAAUGGGAAAAACCACAGCUCAGAAGAAUUGUGCCGAUCCAGUGUGGCAUGAGCAGAUCAUUUUCAAGGAAAUGUUUCCUCCUCUGUGUCGUAGAGUUAAAAUCCAGGUGUGGGACGAGGGCAGCAUGAAUGAUGUGGCUUUAGCAACUCAUUACAUUGAUCUGAAGAAGAUUUCUGAUGAGCAAGAUGGAGACAAAGGCUUUCUUCCUACAUUUGGACCGGCCUGGAUUAAUUUAUAUGGCUCACCUCGAAAUACAACACUAAUGGAUGAUCACCAAGAACUUAAUGAGGGCCAUGGGGAAGGGGUUUCAUUUAGAGGACGCAUCUUAAUAGAACUUGCUGUUGAAAUCCUGUCUGGCGGAGCACAUGAAUCAAAGUUUUCAAAGAUUGUUAAGGAUAUCAAACUUCCUCUAAAGGAUUCAAAGUCUUCCAAAGGAUCAGGAAAAGAGAAGGGAGAAAAGGGAUCUGAAGAAGGAAAACCAACUUCUGCAGCAGAUAAGACAAACUCAACUCAAGUGGAAGUAGAGAAAUUUGAUAUACCUCCUGAGGCCCAGGAAGAACACAUGGAAGACUUUUUACUUUUUGGGUCAUUUUUUGAAGCAACACUAAUCGAUAGGAAGAUCGGAGACAAACCUAUAAGUUUUGAGGUGUCUGUAGGUAAUUUUGGUAACGUUCUGGAUGGAGCAUCACAUUCUGGUAGUAAAAAGAAGGGUCAUGACGCAGAAGAUGCAGAAACUGCUCCUCUGAUACACCCUGAGGAAGGAGAAUCCACCCAUGAAAUCUCAAUGUCAUUCAGAUCUGUAACAACGCCCACAAAGCCAGUGAUCACUGAGGGGAACAGAAACUACAACUACUUGCAAUUCAAUGAAAAAAAGCCUUGUAUCUAUGUGAAAAGUACCUGGGGAGAUCAGACCUUUAGACUAUAUAGUUCAAAUGUGCUUCAGAAAAUGGCAGAUCACCUUGGGGAAGGAUUGGUGCAUAUCAGAGAGCUUAUCAAGGUUUCAGAUUUAGCUCCAGAGGAGAAGAUGAGAGAAGUACUUACAGAUUUUAUCAACCAAAGCAGAGUGUUCAUCUCUGCAGCAGAAAAGAAAUACAAAUUGACAAAUACUACAGCACUAGACAAGAAGAGAGUGACCCUCUGCAAACAAGAACUGGAAGCAAUGUCAAGUGAGGCAAAAAACAUUGUUAAACAGAAGAAAAAAAUGACAGAAAGUGAAAUUACCCGGGAUAUCCAGAGCUUUAUAAACAGAAUCACAUUCCUGGUGGAUGAACCACAGCAUACCGUGCCUGAUGUGUUUAUUUGGCUGCUCAGCAAUAAUAAACGCGUGGCUUAUGCACGUAUCCCUGCCAGAGAUAUUCUGUACUCUCCUGUGCCCGAGGAGAGAGGCCACCACUGUGGGAAGAUUAAAACACUCUUCUUUAAACUCCCAGGAAAGCGAGGACCUGGAUGGAAUGUCCAAGCCAAGGUAGAUGUGUACAUGUGGCUGGGCUCAAGUAAGUACUCCAAUGCCAUCUUUGAAAACCUGCCUAUCGGAUAUGAAGUGGAAACACAUCCAGCAUCCAGUGGUCAUCAUGGACCUCUACCACCAGGAAAUGUGGUCUACAAUUCCCAACACGCCUUCCAGUUACGUGCGCACAUGUAUCAGGCUCGGGGACUUAUAGCUGCAGACAGUUCUGGGCUCUCUGAUCCUUUUGCAAAAGUGACAUUUAUCUCACACUGCCAAACCACAAAGAUUAUUUCUCAGACACUCUCCCCCACUUGGAACCAAAUGCUGCUAUUUAAUAUCAUCAACCUUUAUGGGGAACUGAAAGAUAUAGCUGAUGACCCUCCAAAUAUUGUGAUAGAACUUUAUGAUGAUGAUGCUUUGGGUAAACCUGAGUAUCUUGGGGCAACAGUUGCAGCCCCAACAGUAACAUUAAGUGACCAGAAAUACACCCCAGCCAAACUGGCUUACUAUCCAAUUUUUUGUGGAAAUCUAUCAGGAGGGGAUCUGCUUGCUGCAUUUGAAUUGCUCCAGAUUCCAGAAUCUGGUGCAGAAGGACUUCCUCCAAUAGAAAGUCCUGAUCCAAGCCAAAUCUAUUCAGUUCCAGCAGAUAUCCGUCCUGUCCUGAGUAAAUAUAGAGUGGAAGUUCUUUUCUGGGGAGUCAGAGAAUUAAAGAAAGUGCAGCUUCUUUCUGUCGACCGGCCCCAGGUGAUGAUUGAGUGUGCAGGAAAAGGAGUCAAAUCGUGUGUAAUCCAGAGCUACAAGAACAAUCCAAAUUUCAACGUUGUUGGAGACUGGUUCGAAGUGGAGUUGCCUGAGAAUGAAGUUUUGCAUCCUCCGCUGAGUAUCUGUGUUGUUGACUGGAGAGCAUUUGGUCGCAGCACAUUAGUUGGAACUCAUAUGAUCAACUGUCUGAAGCAGUUUUUAAGUAAACCAGUGGAACCACCUGCAAUAGAAGCACCAGUUGAGGAAAAAGCAACAGUUGAUGGUACAGCUGAUGGCGCUCCAGUUUAUGACACCCCUGACCAGCAAGAUUCUCCAGACCAUAUUUAUGUGGAUGUUGAGCCUCCACUGGUCCAUAUUGAGCCUCCAGUACCAGCACCCAGUCCUCCCCCAGGUCAGGAGCCAGCACCAGAUACAACUGUGCAAAAACCAGAAACCACAGAGGCAGCGCCAGUCAAAUCUCCACUGAAGAAAGAUUCUAAACAAAAGGAAUUGGUGCGAAGUUCUACUAGACGCUCAACUAAAAAGAAAAAAAGAACUAUAGCUGAUGAAUCUGCAGAAAAUGUUAUUGAUUGGUGGUCUAAGUACUAUGCAUCAGUAGAUAAAAUGCAAAAGGCAAAAGCAAGUGCUGCAAACACUGAAACAGAUGAUAACUCUCCUAAAAAGUCAGGACAAGUGACCUUAUUGAUUGAGGAUGAACCUGAAAAAAAAAAAAAGGAUUUUAAGAAAGGACUUGAAAUUGCAAAAAAGAAACCAAAACAAGAAGGUCCAAAUCUUGCUACAUUACAGAUAUAUGAUGGAGAAUUGGAAAGUGACUUUAAUAAUUUUGAAGACUGGGUUAGAACCUUUGAACUUUAUAGAGGAAAAUCAACAGAUGAAGACCAUAGCGUCCAUGAUGACAGAGUUAUUGGUAAAUUCAAGGGCUGCUUCAGCAUUUACAAGAGUGUUGAUGACUCCAGUGGAAUGGACGGAGGACAGCUAAGGAUAUUGCAAGGAAUUCCAUCCAACCAUGCAGUAAAAGUUCUCAUUCGAGUUUAUGUUGUGGCAGCAUUUAACCUGAGCCCAGCUGAUUCAGAUGGGAAAUCUGAUCCAUAUAUUGUAUUAAGGCUGGGGAAGACUGAAAUAAAAGAUCGAGAUAAUUACAUUCCUAAGCAGUUAAAUCCGGUAUUUGGAAGAUCAUUUGAGAUGCAAGCUACUUUCCCAAAGGAAUCUCUAUUAACUGUUCUGAUAUAUGACCAUGAUAUGAUUGGAUCCGACGACCUCAUUGGUGAGACGAAAAUUGAUUUGGAGAAUCGCUUUUACAGCAGACAUCGUGCAACCUGCGGCUUACAAAGUCAAUAUGAAAUAGACGGAUACAACGCCUGGAGGGACUCUACCAAACCAUCAGAGAUUCUCACAAAGCUGUGUAAAGACAACAAAAUAAAUGGGCCAUUCUUCCGUCCUGGCCAGAUACAAAUUGGAAGCAAAAUUUAUUCAGGCCAAACUUUGUUUGAUCAAGAUGAUGAGAAAGUUGAAUCUUAUGAACAUCUUGCCCUUAAAGUUCUUCAUUCUUGGUCUGACACUCCUGAUAUUGGCUGCAAACUUGUUCCAGAAUACAUUGAAACUAGACCAUUAUAUCAUAAAAAUAAGCCUGGAAUUGAACAGGGGAGGGUCCAGAUGUGGAUAGACAUGUUUCCAACAGAUAUGCCGCUUCCAGGCCCUCCUGUUGAUAUUUCACCUCGUAAGCCAAAAGGAUACGAAUUAAGAAUAAUCAUCUGGAAUACAGAAGAUGUUAUUUUGGAGGAUGAAAAUAUAUUCACGGGACAAAAAUCCAGUGACAUCUAUGUGAAAGGGUGGCUGAAAGGACUUGAAGAUGACAGCCAAGAAACCGAUGUUCAUUACAACUCUUUGACAGGGGAGGGAAACUUCAACUGGCGAUUCGUGUUUCCAUUUUUUUAUCUACCAGCUGAAAAACAAAUGGUCGUCACUAAACGAGAAAACAUAUUUUCAUUGGAGAAGACAGAGCGUAAAAUUCCAUCUGUACUUCUUCUUCAAGUCUGGGACUUUGAAAGAUUAUCUUCAGAUGACUUUCUGGGUUCUAUGGAAUUGAACCUCAAUGGUUUCCAUCGAGGAGCUAAGACUGCAAAGAGCUGUGACUUGAGUAUGGCUACUGUUUUGAAGGAUGAAAAUAAGAUAUCCAUCUUCCAACAGAAGCGUAUCCGUGGCUGGUGGCCUUUUGUAAAAGCUGGAGAACUCACUGGAAAAGUGGAAGCUGAGUUCCACUUAGUAUCAGCUGAGGAAGCUGAGAAGAAUCCUGUUGGGCGUGCGAGGAAAGAGCCAGAACCAUUAGAGAAACCAAACCGACCUGACACCUCCUUUUCCUGGUUUGUGAAUCCCUUCAAAUGUCUUUAUCACCUGAUCUGGAGAAACUACAAGAAGUACAUUAUCAUUGCUUUUGUUUUACUCAUUCUCGCUCUGUUCCUUGCAUUGUUUGUAUAUACUUUGCCUGGUGCAAUCAGUCAUCGCAUAUUAAAUGUAUAAAACAUAAUUUCCUGUUCUUACUGGACACUAGGCACAAUUAUUUCUGGAACAAGAAAGAGAUUACCUGCCACAUGUUAUAAGCAUCUACUGAGAGUCCUUGAUAGACAAUUUUCUGUUCAAAAUCUAAUUUGCCUUUCUCCCAUAAUAAUCUAAUUUUCAGCUACAUACUCUCUUAAUAAAUUCAAUCAAUAGUAAUCAGAAACACUGAUUUGGACU